ACAUUCUAUUUACGUUAAUACCCCUGUGUAACACUUAUUAUAGCCGAUGUUUACUGAUUAAUAUUCAAUACCGACAUAAGAAGUCGUCAACUGUCGCCGUCAGGCUGUGGAUUUUUCCUCCCACCUUCCUCAGUUGCCUUUCGCGUUUCUGAUUUUAGGAGUUGACUAUGGUUUACACUUACACGUCGCAGAUAAUAGUUUCAUUAAAAAAUUAUGCAGAGUUGAAUCGGUUUAUUUGUUAGUCUGUCUGAAGAUAAUGCGAAGGAAAGAAGGAAAAAGAUCCAAGUGGGGGAAAUCGUGGAUUGAAUUUCUUCUCCUCAUUCACGGAUUUCUUCACCUUUGUCAUCAUCCUAUUCCCCCUGUUUUGUGCUUACCAUCGCAGUCAAAUCCAAUUGCUCAAAGGUCUGUUUUUUGAGUUCUUUCAUGCGAGGUGCGAGAGGCUUCUACUAUUCGGAACAUUUACCAUCUCCAAGAUCCCUCUUCAUCUCUCUCUCAUUCUUCUCCCUUCUUCUUCUUCGUACGAUCGUAUCACCAUGUCUUCGCGGUGUUCGUUUAUUUUCUGUGUCUUCUUCUUCUUCUUCUCGUUAUUCAUAAGUCUUUCUGUUUCGAACCCAAGAGCUACGAUGGCGGGUCUUGUAUGUUCCAACGAUACCGCAUCACCGGCCGAGCGCCAGACCUUCGUUAAUAACUUUGUGUCGGCCAUGGACGCUGUUACCCCCCAAGUCACUUCCCGUAGAUAUGCCAGAGUUGUUACUGGGUCUGGAAACACCACGGUGUACUCCUUUGGUCAGUGCAUGAAAGAUCUCUCGCAGACAGACUGCGACCUCUGUUUCGCCCAGUGCAAGACCCAGAUCCCUAAGUGUGUCCCCUUCCAAAAAGCGACUCGAGGUGGCAGAGUCUUCUUUGAUGGCUGUUAUCUAAGGUAUGACGAGUAUGAUUACUUCAGCGAAGCUUUGAGCCCUGAGGACCGGACUGUUUGUGGGAACCAAAGUUUCGCCGGAAAUCGGGUAGCUUUCAGGGCGAACGCCAUCCAGCUCGUGAAGAAUCUGAGUGCCCAAGCACCCAACAAUGGUGGUUUCUUCGUUGGGUACGUGGAUCGGGGCAACUCCACUGCGUACGGAUUAGCGCAAUGCUGGGAGUAUUUGAAUGCGAGCUCCUGCAGUAGUUGUUUGAGAAAUGGGGUCUCAAGGAUUGUUUCUUGCCUGCCAAAUGGUGAAGGAAGGGUUUUGAACUCUGGGUGCUAUAUGAGGUAUUCGACGCAGAAAUUUUAUGACAAUUCAACGAGCGAUGCAGCCGGAGGAGGAGGCCACCACCUGGUCGUUAUUCUGGCCGUUACUCCUUCUGUAUUGGUGGCUGUGAUGGUUCUUGUGACAGCUAUUUUCUUUGGAAAGAAAGAACUUACAAGGCGGAGGAGAGAGAGGAAACAACUUGGUGCUCUGGUGUCAACUGUAAAUAAGUCUGAGCUCAAUUUUAAAUAUGAAACUCUUGAAAGGGCCACAAACUACUUUGACAAUUCCAAUAAACUUGGUCAAGGAGGUUCUGGUUCAGUGUACAAAGGAAAUUUGCCGGAUGGGAGGGUUGUUGCCAUAAAGAGGCUUUUCUUUAAUACAAGGCAAUGGGUAGAUCAUUUCUUUAAUGAAGUCAAUUUGAUCAGCGGUCUACAUCACAAAAAUCUCGUGAGGCUGCUGGGUUGCAGCAUUACUGGUCCCGAAAGCCUUCUUGUUUAUGAAUAUGUUCCAAACAGAAGCCUCCAUGAGUACAUUUUCGAUAGAAAUAAUGCUCGGCGGCUAAGCUGGGAACUGCGAUAUAACAUCAUCCUGGGCACAGCUGAAGGCUUGGCCUAUCUCCAUGAAGAAUCGAACUUAAGGAUUAUUCACAGAGACAUUAAAUUAAGCAACAUACUGCUUGAUGAGAACUUUAUAGCAAAGAUUGCAGAUUUCGGGCUUGCGAGACUGUUCCCGGAAGAUAAGACUCAUGUCAGCACUGCGGUAGCAGGAACACUGGGUUACAUGGCUCCUGAAUAUGUAGUCUGUGGAAAAUUGACUGAGAAAGCAGACGUAUAUAGUUUUGGCGUGCUCGUGAUUGAAGUUGCUUGUGGGAAGAGGAACAAUGCCUUCUUGCAAGAUUCAGUGUCUAUUCUACAAAUGGUUUGGAACCUGUAUGAGUCGGGUAGACUAUCCGAGGCUGUUGACCCACGGCUAGAGGGUAGGCUUCAUGAAGAAGAGGCCUGUCAGAUACUGCAAAUUGGACUACUUUGUACUCAAGCAUCUGCAGAAUUGCGGCCAUCAAUGUCAAUGGUGGUAAAAAUGCUCACUGAGAAGCAUGACAUCCCCAGACCGACACAGCCACCAUUUCUUAAUUCAAAGAACAUGAAAAGCUCAUUAAUUUCACCUGGAAGUUACAAUUCCCAGCCUGAGUCCUGUAGUCGAUCUUCUGGAAAUAAUGAGGCAGACAGCUUGCUUGAACCCAGAUGAACCAGUUUCCUCUUGAAGAAUCUUGCUUAUAUACUCUUAGUUUUGUCAUCUGACCCAAUUUUCCUGGCUUUCCUCCGGGCUUAAGACUGGCCUCAUGACAGAGACUCCGCUCACUUUGAUACAUUGAGUCUUCAGUAUUUUUCUGCCUUUCAUUGAAUUGGCCAGAUCUUGGUUGAAGUUGAACUGCUCCGAAUGAUUCAGUUGGUGAGUGUUCAGUGGCUGGAAUACAUCAUGAUGUAUUUAUGGAACUCGUUACAGUGGUUGCCUUGAGAGUUACACAUCCUUCUGUGAUUGUAAUACCCCCCCCUCCCCCCUCCCCCCUCCCCCCUCCCCCAAGUCCACUCAACAUCCUUAUUUUAUUUUUUUGGUAGAAGAGAGAAGGGUUGUUGAGUUUCGGAGAAUCAUCGGCUAUAAUUUGAGAAAAAAAUUCAAAUCUCAGAGAGCCUUAUAAUAAAACUAAUGUCAAUGGUUUUGAAUGAGA